CUGUCCUCAGGGUUCCGCGCUUGGCCCGUUGUUAUGGAAUGUUUUCCAGAAUGACCUAUCCUACUGCCUAACAGCGAACUUGUCUAUGUAUGCCGACGACCAUCAAAUUUACCACGCAGGAGCAGACCAGGCAGCUGUGACUUCCCAGUUAAAGGAUAGUGCCAACUUAGCAACAACGUGGUACGAUUCUAACUUAUUGGCGGGAAACCUCAAAAAGUACCAAGUUUUGAACUUGGGCUUCACUCAAAAUGACAGCAAUAUUUGCGUGAAUGAUGUUGUGAUUGAAUCUAAAGAUAAUAUCAUACUUCUAGGAGUAGUGUUAGAUUCUAAGCUAAAUUUCUCUGAGCAUGUAAUCUCUAUCCGUAAAAAAGCCAGCCAGAGAAUUGGUGUUCUAAUGAGACUACGUAAUUUAAUUCCUAUGAAAUCUAAGUUAAUAUUAUUCAAAAGCGCGAUAUUACCAUUCCUCACGUACUGUCACCUAGUGUGGCAUUUUUGUAAAGCGAGUGACACUCGAAAGCUUGAAAGACUACAAGAAAGAGGACUUAGAGCGGUUUUCAAGGAUAAUAAUUCUAGUUAUGAACAACUAUUAGAGAAGGCAGAUCUGCCAACACUACUAAAUAGUCGCUUACAGGAUCUGUGCAUCCUUGUGUAUAAAGUAAAGCAUAAACUGUGCCCUGCAUAUAUAAGUAACAUCUUUAAAGAACCAAAUAGUAAUUACAAUCUGCGGCAAGCAGAUUUCUCUAUACCUAGGUAUGAGACAGUCACCUAUGGCAAGCACUCUAUUAGAUAUUUAGGGCCUAGGCUAUGGACAAAACUACCCAAGAGUAUCAGGGACGUCACAACCCUAACGUCGUUUAAAAGCAAGAUACGCCAACUCAAUAUAAGUGAACUUUUAGAUGAUGGCUGCGCAGGCUGUAGCCUUUGUUCAUUUUGACUUCUGUGUAUUUUUACUAUAAAUCUCUUAAUUAGUUAACUAUAGAUAUUUUACCUACUACUGUCUAUAGUUUUUAGUUUGUAUAUUCUCCCCUAAUUGGUGUCCCCAAAUUAGUAAGGGAUUUGUUCCCUGGCUAGACGGUUUUUGACACUUUAAUAAAGUUUCUAUUCUAUUCUAUAUUCUAUUCUGUUGCUAAAUCAGCCUAAUUAUUAGGGACACCGACUUCUAAGGACAUUAUUUUUCAGACUCUCCCAGCAGGCGUCGAACUUCUAACUCGUUUUCUCUUAGUUUUUACCACUCGAAAAUAUGCCAAAUUAAUCUUUUGUUACUCACAAAAUCUGGAAGAACGUAUUUGCUCCUGGUUAGUGUUACUAAUUAAUACAAUGUAGGCGGUCGCACAGGGAGUUGUUACUGGUCGUCAAACAAUGUUUCGUAUUUGAAUAACUUUUAUGGUAUCAGUUGUAAUUGACACAGAGUUUGUUUAUCAAACGCAGAGAACUGUGAAACACUAGGGAGUUCGGUUUGUCAACCAUCAUCAUCUAUUCACGAUUUAAAUUUUCGAAUUAGGAGGUAAGGCAGUCUUACGUCUUCAUCCUUUGUUUUGUUUUAUCUUUUCGUACUCACGAAACUGAUGGAGUUUAUAAGUAUUUACAUAUCACUUAGAAGGCAAAAAUGGAGCAUGAAACUUGCUAAAUUAAUAUUCCUUGUCAGAAAAACCAGUUUUUACCGUAAUCGUAACCGUAUUGAGUUUUCAAAACAGUAAAUUCUUAUCAUGCUUAUGGUCAAACAAAUAAAGCUUUUGUGGUUGUUCUGGUGGUGAAAUUCCCGCAAAACAAAAGAAACCAUCCAUUGGCAAAAUACACCAUUAGUAAGGCGAAAACGGUUUGCUACAGUUACGGUAGUCCGCAAGCAAGCUCUCCGCGGCGCCCUACUGCUCUCGGGCUACAGUGAUGGUAACUCCAGUGUACAGGGCCCCUUUCAGAUAUCAGUCUUUUCGUUUGAGGGUCGUUAGGUUUGAGUUACACUGCAAUGUUUUAGUGACGGUUUUAGUUUUUUAUUUGUUCAUUUAAGUUUAGGUACAAUACAAUAUAUAAUAUUAACCUCGCAAUUAUCCUCGCAAUCAUUUCUGAGUGGAUUUAAUUUGUGUUUUCAUUAAGUUGGUUUUAGUUGUGGUCUUGACAAAGGACAGUUUCGUAGAUAAUUCCCAAACCCUGUACGCAGUGCAGGUCUGCUAUGCCAUUUCUGUAUUUAACAACUUGGACUAGAAAUUUGCACAGAACAAUUUGAGUUUUCAGUAUUAUUUCUUUGAAUUCCUGGCGAAAGCAAAAAUUCCUAUGGUAACUCGAUUCUUUCGUUUCAGGGUUUUUGACAGUUUUUAGGGGUUUCAGCGCGCCAUUUUUACUUGAAACUUCGACGGAAAUGGCCGUUAAAAACUUUCGUUUUUAUUGUAAAAACAAAAGAAAGCAAAACAAACAGACAAAUUUCCGUUGCUUAAUAAACUUUCCGACCAUAGAAAAACGGCGUCAAAAUGUUCAAAAUUCCAGUGAAACCGCGAGCCCACGUUAUUCGCCUUAAGGUCAGAACAUCCAAUUUGUAAAUGAAAUGUUGGAUCCAUUUGCACAGCUCUUCCAACAUUGAUGGAGCCAUACAUGCGCCAACAUAGCUGUCGAGGUGAAGUUUUCAAUCAAACAGGGGCGCAGCGUGAGAUUUUGAAGGUGUACGCACGAAAGAAAGGUUGGGUUGGAGCGACAAAGGCAUUCCAAAUUAGGGGGGUCUGGGAGGUAUGCCGCCCCAGAAAAAACUUUUAAAUUUAGGGUCUCGAAAUUGCAAUUUUCUGUGUUUUUCUUUUACAGUAAAUAAAUUACAAGGAAAAUGCAGUGGUUAUAACUACUGCAUAUUUCCAUCAUCAUCUCUAGUGUUAUCGGCAAGGUGCUGCUGUUUAAAAAAAGUGGAAAAAAGGGUUAACCAGUGACGGCAUCAAGGAGGUUAACAAGCAAAGGGCGAGAUGUGCACCCUUCAGAUAGGCAAACUCUGUUACAACACCAGCAAUUAUUACCGAUCGUCCUUGUGCUUGUAUAAGUGCAGAACUGCAAGAGAGCUCAAUUUCUCGUCUGUCACCCCAAUAUAAUGUAACGUUUCUUGCCGGCGGGUUUAUGGAAUAACAAAAGGGUAUAAAGGAAAUACUCACAAAGACACCAAGAUAAUGCGAAAAAUUUGCCGGUCAUCCCAAUUUGUGACAAAAAUCCUUUCCGAGGAAAAUGUUUUCCAGAUUUCAGCUGUACCCACGGGCGUAUAUGGACGCUACCCUCCCAUGUUAAAGUCUUGUGGGUUGUAUCCUUUCCACGGUGCACUGCAGGUCCCAGCAUUAAUGGGAGUUCUUGCAUCCGUUUGCACACCCAGCCCACCACUGCCAACACGGAAGCAACAACUCCCAACGUCGUCGGCCCAACAAUGUAGGGAGUUCUUGCGCCCGUUUGCUCGAACUUACAAAAAAAAAAUUGCCGGUUGACGUCACGUCCGACCUCGCCAAGGCCGACUGGGAACGCGUAACGAGGGUGUCAGUGAGGUAGUUUUUGGUUCUGCCCAAUUGUGCAACUGGGGCGUAACCUUAUUUUUCCGAGUAAAGCAAGCCCCAGACAACUUCACAGGAAACUCAAAGCACUUUUUUGUGAUCGUCGGGUAAAAGAACCAAGGCGUGUAAAAAGUUAAAUAACUUGUAUCUUUUUUCCAGUCUGUAAUAGACAUAACACUCUUCUCAAGAUCAUGGGAACUUCCAUAUUCCUGUUGAUGAUCAUAGCAGUUUCGAUAGUAACAAGUAAGAGUGUGUGGAAAAGAAACGAUGUAAGUUUUUGUCUUCAUUUACCCUGCACUCAGGAUAUAUCUAGUCUCUGACUGUUAGUUUAAGAAUGGGAAAAGGGGGUAAUCUCUUCCACAGGGUUUGGUGGGGUCCCAUUUUCUAAAGGAUAAGCUAGCCCCGAGGACGAGUUUGGCAAGCGGUGGGGGGGGGGGGUUCAUGUCACGAGGUUAAAAACCAAAACUGUGCUAUGCACAAAAGACGCUUUUCGGAAAUGAAAGUGAAUAACCAAAGAAGUUAAUUGAUGACAUUGAAUUACAGAAUAUAAAAUGAAUAAAAUGGCCAAAACAUAUAUUCAGAGUAGCGUCAGUAGGGCUUUCCACAAGUUGCUCGGCAACUUUUUGGCAACUUUUCGCAUUUCGAGCAGCCUUUUUCAGUCUGAUCAAUUUCUCUUGUUUUCUUCUAAUUCUAGGAUAUCGGAGCAGCUUUUAGUGCUUAAAUUGGCCUUUCUUCCAUAUUUCACAAUGAUUUAGAGACAAAUUAUAAAUUUUCUGUGAAAAAGGAACCAAAUCCUCCCCCCUGGGGCAGGCUUUGGGCGCGAGAUAAAUGUUGCCUUGCUGCUAGGUCAGCAGUUUUUAAAGAAAAUUCAAAAGAUGGUGGACGAAGAUCAUCCUCGGAGACCCAGGGGCAGAUAGAGGGGGCGAGGGAAAGUCUGAACGGGCGGGAAAAUAUGGCAAGAAGAAAAGUAAAGAACGGCGAGAAGAGCCCCUGGGGACAAUGUCUUACCAGACCAGUUCCAAACGGUCGCCGCCGUUCUGACUUCUGAUCGGUGCCAGAAAACUUUUGAGUUUUUCUGCCCAAUCAGAAGGCAGAACGGCGGCGACCGUUUGGAACUGGUUUGGUAAGACAUUGUCCGCAGGGGCUCUUCUCGCCGUUCUUUGCUUUUCUUCGUGCCAAAAUUUUUCCCCUGUUUAGAUUGGCUCAUUACAAAGUUAUUUAGCCACAAAAUGCUUAGAAAUCUUACUUUUGUCGUACAAUUUCCAUAUUUUAGCAUCAGCCCAAAAAAGUUUUUGUUUUUUGAGCAACUUUUUGAGAAAUAACGGGAAUUUUUUUGGAAAAUCUCGAGUAACUUGUGGAAAGCCCCUAAGCGUGAGCAAGAAUCGAUCCCGGAGCGCUGGGUCUUACCGCUUUCAGUUUGCUACUAGGGAUCAGUUGCAGCCUAUGUAGCGACAACCUAAAGCCUUAAAGUGAGUGCUUAUCCUAAUCACUAUUUCCAGAGCUUAACCCGGAUAACUAUGGUUAGUGCUUAACUCUAAUCACUAAAUUUACAGGAUAUAUUUAACGAAAUCGACGUCAAUCCACAAGAUAACAUCAUCACCAGAGAAGAAUUGGCGGCAUAUUUGGCAAGCACAACUGGUGCAGACGGCACAGACUUUCUAGUCAUUGCUAACAGUUACAUAGCAGGCGUCGAUGGUGAUUCCGCCUCCAGCGCGGAUGGAGCACUGGAUAGGGCUGGUACGUUAGCUUCCUACGUACGCGAUCUUAUGGCUUCGUCACGCAUUCCUUCCCUUUCCUUCACGCGAAGGAAGGGACGCGUGACGAAGCCCUAAGAUCAGAACGUCUGAGUGGGAGGCCACUGGUACAUGUUGUUAGCUGUACUUUUGCAUUUUACUGUUUGUUUUGCCCCCUUUUUACAAAAUAAAAUAUGCGUAACGCGAAUCAAGGCAAGCGGUUGCGUGCGCGACAACACUGUGAAAAAACAAUGCACCUGCAAUAAGAACGCCGUGGGUUAUCGUUUUAUGUUCACAUGGUUCUCUUUUAAUUUCCCCAAAUGAGCACCGAUGUCUUUAGUUAACAGCCAAAAGAGAACCGGGGUACUUGUUGAAAGGACCCAUUUAUCACGACACGGGAGGAGGGCGCUGAUAAAAUUUUUUCUUCAACGAAACGACAUUCAUUUUGGUGAAUUAAUCUUUAUAUACAAAAAGCCUCUGCAACGCAAGGAUGUAGAGAUAGCUGGGACCGACUUGCUGGGAGUAUAAAAAAUGUUAUUCUGUAUCGAUGUCGGUAUAGGCAAGACUAUAAAAAGUAGAUGCAUGCAAGAACUGAAGCCGAAGCUUACCUUUUUUGGUCUAAGAAGGGGAAGAGUGGCGGCUUUUUAGCUUUUCUGACUGACAGGGUGGUUAUCAUGGUUAAUAUUUUUCGGAACACUCUUAUUAAAAAGUAGGAGCUUUUUCAAGCAAACAUGGUGAUUAAAGUCUAUAACAUUGAAAUGUUAAUAUUUUUAUUUUACAGAAUUUGCCAAGUUGGGGUUCAGUAGUAUGUCGAUAUGAAACCCUUAUACCACUCAAGGAAUUGUUAAGGCGCUAUUCAUUAGGAGAAGUAUUUGACCGUGCUUUAUGUGGAAUCACAGAAAUUUCUAGUUAAUUGUAGUUUUUCUAACACUGGGCCAAAAGUAAAUGAAAUAAAAUACAGAAUAUUUGGGGCGACAUAUGUCUCGUCAUAUGCACCAUGUAGAAAAAAACUGUUUUGCCAGCACUGGCCAGAAUAUUUAAGGGCGACAAAAAAUGUCUACCAGACGUUUCAUCAUGCGACCAUUUGCCAAGCCAAAAACGUGUGAACGUUUUGAGAAAUCUUUUUGUGAAGUAAAGUUUUCUGAGCAUGCGAUCACUUGAAACCAUAACUGGUCAGUGGAGAACUUUAAAAAUGUGUUAGCCUGAGAUCAUGCAUAUGCCUUGGACUUUAAAGACAGUAAGUAAAACAUUUCACAUCCGCUAACAUGAAUGGGUAGACGUACGUAUUCCGAGAGCUCCGCUAUUGACGGCUAAUUUCGAUCCCAGACUUCCCUUAUAGGCGUUUUAGAGUCCCUUAUAUUAGAAGAACCAGUGGUAGAUCGAUGGAUACACAAAGGUGGCACUGUCAAAACAGUCACAUGGUAGGGCGAAGGAAAAUAUGGGCAUUUUCUGUCAAGUCAAAAUGGAAGGAUUUUAUUCAGCAUUUAAGAUAAUGUAGCUGAUUUUUCUUCCCGGUUAAGUCGGUUCUUUUGAGAAAAAAUUCCCGAAUACCACAUCGUAAUAACGCAGUAAACCCCUCAUCCCGCUCGUAAUUACCAUUCCGUAUCUUAUUCACCUUUUCUUCUAAAAGUGAAAUCCCAUCCUUUAAAGAAGGCAUGUCCCGGUUCCCCAUCACCUGUUGGGAACCCUCUCAACCCUCCUGAGUUCGACUGAGAUCGAAUUGGACAUGUCGAAUCUGGAAGUGUUGGUUUUGGAGAAGAGGUGAAUACUGAGGUAAUUGGAGAGAAACUUCGGUAUAAAGGAGGAGGCCAGCGAACUCAACCCUCGCAUGGCGUUCAUAACCUCCUGGAUUUGAUUUCUAGGUUUUGAAAAAAGCUGGGUAAAGCGUGCAAAUAGCACACGGGACGGGCGCCCUGCAACCCGCAGGGCUACCCGCGCAGAGCUUCUUAUUCCAGGUUCCCUUUAAAGGAAAUUCAAGUGCUUGAUGUAUGCCUAGCCAAUACUUUGUCCUAAAACGACGCCUUUUUGUUUUUUGGCCCUACAGUGGGUUCAAGUUGGCAACAGGCAAUUAAAUUUCGGCAAUUUUACAUCAACAAAAUAUCCGACAAAGCACAAACAAAGCACAUACAGUAUAUGCAGCUGUUUGUGCACGACAUUUCUUAACCCAUAACCGUGAAGGUAAGACCGAAGGCCAGGUUAGCCUCCCACGCAGGCGUUUUUAGGGGAGCUCGUAUUUGUGGGGAGGGAAGAAAUACGAGCUCCCCUAAAAACGCCUGCGUGGGAGGCUAAGGCCAGGUGGGUUCCCUAUAAUUUCUUUGUACCCGACACCCGCCCCCCGCCCCCCAAGCUAUAAUGAACCAGAAGCCGAUUACUACUCCUGAGUGAACCUAGUGUCGCAGGUACCUUAUUGCGUCAUUGAUUUUACAAUUCAAUCUUAAUUAGGAUCUGUUCUAUUUUCCCGACGCGUCCCAGAUUUCUGCGAUGGUCGGUGAUCAUUCCCGACAAAUGAAAACUCAAAUUCGUACCGUCGGGGACGUCGGCGAUGGAUUUCGCUCAUUACCAAUCCCCUAAAUUGCUGGGCUUCAGUCCCCCUAUCACGCAAGUUUCAAUUUUUGGCACACUUUCCAUUUCCGGCCAAAUUAAUCGGGAGAAUCUGAGUCUGACUUGUGGCGAUUAACCGGUAUAUCUGGGACGGUGUGCAAAAAGUAAAAUGCCCGAUCGUCUGGGAUUUUCCCGACAUACGAAAACCAGGCUUAAAGUCGAAGCCACCGCCUCUACGGAUCAACAUCCUUUUCAGCCCCCGGACCCUGGGAGGUUUAGUGAACUUUGCCGAGCAGUUAGCCUGCGUCACGUGUGUAGCACUUGGUGCUACGCACACCAGUUCCUGCGCAGGCUGCCGGGAGGGUUUUAGAGUUUUGGGCUGAUACAGAAGUUUUGUUAAACUGGCUGUAAAUUAUUGUUUCUGAGUUACACAGCACAGCGAAAACUUUUUGUGGACCGCAAUCAGUGGGCGCGAUCCAUUCAAAUUUCCGGAAAUUUCGGUCCAAAAGUCAAUGGAUCGGUUCGGUCCAACCGGAAAAGUUUCGAAAAAAGAGGUCCACCUUUUGAGGUGGUCCUCUUUUCCCGGUCGGACCAGUCUGAAUUUUGGUUGAAUGGAUCGCGCCCAGUGUUUCCUGCUAGAAUCGCGGGCGCAUAGAGACACCCACGGUUCCCAGUCUCUCGGGCCACGACAAAUCUUCAUGGCUAGGUGGCUUAGGCAAAGAUGGCGGAAGAUAAGAUGGCUGGGGGAGUACUUGGUGCAUCAGAAUAGUUUGCGAUAAUUUUCCUUAUUUUCCGUCAUGAAUGACUUUGAAGAAGAUGCUUGGAGUGAGUAUCAGUAAACCCUAAGAUACGUUACUAAUUCUGGGGCUGUUUUAAUUUUAUUUAGUCCAAAUUUGGCUUGCUUGGGUUUUUGCAGUGUGCGCACUGGCGGUUUGGAACUGACUCUCUCGUUGUUUUUUUUUUUCUAGCAUAUUUUUUAUUAGUCUUAGUUUUUAGCAUGUUCUUAGUGUACAGCAUAUUACUUUUAUUUAACUCUAAUCAUGUGAAGUGCCUCGAGCGGUUAGUGGACGUGUGCGCCAUGUAAAUGAACUAUUAUUAUUAUUAUUAUUUGCUGCCAAAGAAUCACAGUUGUUCAGUUAAGGUUUAAUAUAAUCGUAGCCCCUUUUGGGCAGAGUAUGCACACAUAAAGUUUUGCAGUGGUUUUCCCCAAAGUUCAUUCGCCUGACAAGGCAAAUGUUAUUGUUAUUUUCCUGUAAUCCGAUUGGUCAACUUUGUCAAGGUGGCCCUAGUUAUAGUAGUUGUACUGUAAAAACAAAUAAUGUAAUGCUAGGGGUCAUUCAAUAAAACUUUUACAAAAUUUCAUAACUUACAAGUGAAGCUAUAUUUUCAGAGUCUGAUGUUAACAACAUCCACAUUUACACCAUGGAUACUAAUUAUUUCGUUAAAAAUAUUGUUCUUAAUUUGUAGACAUUGCAUCCUGGAAAGUAGAUAUCCCAGGCAAAGUGUCCUACAUCAAGCAUUCACUGAGUUGUACACAGUUUCCUGAAUGCAGCAGGAAUGUUACUCAUAUGUUGGAGAGAUACUUUACAGCGUAUGCCCCGGACACUCCUCCUAAUCCAGGACUUUAUUUGUCAGCUUUUCUUGAUGAUGUGAUUGAUUUGUACAUAUUUCAUAGCAAAGUGGCAGGAGCUAAAUCAUUGUCUGCCAUGCAGGAACUUCAACUUUUAGAGGUUGUCUGUUCUUGUUUUCAAGAUCAAGUUUCUGACAUUGUAAGAUGUGAAGUGUUCUAUUUACUGUUUGGAAUAUCUAAUCAAGACAUAAAAGAUGGAAAGGUAUGUAUGGUAACUUGUAACAUUUGUUAACAUGUAAAAAUUGUGCUUUAAAGUGACAAAACAACUUUUCCGUCCAAUUCCUUCAUGUAAAAGCUCAAACUAUGGGGAAAUGGCUUAAGAGAUUUUGCCGGGAAAGUGUAUUGUACUGUUCACUCCACACUUGUCCACAAUAAUAUAAUGAUCAUGAAACUUAUCAAAGAUCUGAUGUACUGCAAGUGCCAGUAGCCUCAAAUUGUUAUCUUUAGGCCUUUCCAUUCCUUUCCAUGGACCAACUUUCCCCUGCUGAUUUUUUCACUUCCCCCCAACAUUAUCAAUAAACUACAGUGAAAACCUGCGAACUAAAGAACUAAGAACUAAAAUUUGCCACCAGUUAGGCACCCUCUAUACAAGAACCUGUUUAGCCUAAAAUUUGAAAUAGGUUCUUGUUUUCUAAAAUGUAUUUACAAAAUUCUAUGCAGUCACUUGGGCAUAUAAGGUAAGUCAAUGUCAUGAAAGAUGUUAAUCAUCGUGGAUAAUGUGUAUAAAGGGUUAAGUUUAAUUGUUUGUGCCACGAUUGUCACUUUGACGUUGAUUGCGACGUUUCGACCAUACACGGCAGGUUUUCAUCAAUUGAUAGUGUCAAUUUACUGAAUCGGACUAUUUUUACCACCGUGGUUGUUCGUGAUUGGUGUAUCACAAACCUUGCUCAUGGUUGGUGGGUUUCGAUCCAAAGCAUUGUUGGUAUUGUUAGAGGAAGAAACUGAUCCCUCAGCGGUCGGCUGUGGUAGAGAUUGGUUGUCAUGUUGUCUGAUUGUAGGCAUCCAGUCAUGCUUCAGGAAUCUCAGUUCCACUGUCCCUAUUGAUGUUGUUAGGGUGAAGUCUUAUGUCAAUAGCCUCUUUAACUCUACAAGAGUGUGCGGUCGAAACAUCGCGAUCAAUAUCAAAGUGACAAUUGUGACACAAACUAUAAAACUAAACCCCUUAUACAAGACAAGUCAACAUUUAGAAUUAUAGUUAUCGGCCACAUAGGUCCCGCAUCAUCACUCCAACUGCAAUAUAAUGAUAUGCUGGUUUUAUAUAAGGAAUGAGCUGAAUACCACUAAAAACUCUUUGUAAUGAACUGCAUGAUAUCAGGUUGACAAGAAAGUUGAAAUUUUAACCAAAUUGGUUUCCAUGGCUGUUGCACUACAGUGUGAUCAUCUGCUGGAAUCCAUGGCCAUCUGGAUGCAGGUUUGUGUUAAAAGGCAGGGUUUCCAAUCUUAUGAGAUGGUGCAGCUUUGUAUUUGUUGCAUCCACAUCAUAAAGUGGAAAAAGUAACUAGAUAAUAAAUAUGCUACUUUGCUUUUGAAAAAUCAUGCAUCAUAUCCUCUCAAAAAUUCAAAUUUUCUGAAUAAUUUAAAAAAAAAAAACAUGUGCAGGGUUGUGCUCCAAGUAAAAUUAAAGGGAGCCUAGUGCUCUGAACCUGUGAAAUCCAGGUUGCCAGCAUAUGACUUGACGAAAAAACUAUGAUUUCCUAGUCCCCCAAGAGCAACACUGAGUAAGGCGCUAGGGGCCAGUGGAUGCUACCACAGUGCAGCCUUGAUGUAAAUUAUUUGUCGCACAAUAGACUAUUUUUUGCCACAUAAUAUGACCUCCCAAAAAUUCUGCACAGUUUUCCAAUAUUUUGUGUUAAGAUUGUCACUGAGUUUGGCGAGUUUGUUUUGAAUCUCUUCUAGCUACCCACAAAUUUACCCUUUAUCUCUAUAUGUCCCUUGUGUUUUUUUUUUUUUUCCUCUCUCUCCUAAAGGAAAAAUGCCUGGUUGCAGGUUUAGUCUCUGGGCACAAUUAAUGCCUAUGACCAGUUAAAUGGUCUUAAUUUUAUAACCCUGAUCUUUAUUUCAGAGGCAUCACCACAGACCUGACAUUGUGUUAAAGGUGACAUCUGCCAUUGUUGAAGACUACACCUGUCUCGUUCCUGCGUCACUUCCAUUCCUUGAGAUGUUAGCUUCUCACUCACCACUGAUGGCUUGUCAGUUGAUGAUUGCCCUUAUUAACUUGUACCCAGUUGUCACAGAUAUGAAACAGAAAGGUCAGACUGAUAGAGAGCCUGAGAAAAUAGCUGACAUUUUGCGACACCACCACUAGUUUCCCUACAAUAUAACGUCUGAGAAACGAGUGCAGAAAUUCCAUACUGAUGACACAUCACUACCCAGAUCUGGGUAGUGCUUCUUUAAUUGGUUGUGCUGCAUGGGAAGGUUGCUUCAUCCAAUCAGAAGCACUACCCAGAUCAGUGAUGCGUCAUCAGCAUGGAAUUUCUGUACAUUGUUUCUCAGACGUCAUUUCAUGGGAAACAAGUUGUGGCAUCACAAAAUGAUGGCUGUUUUCUCAAGCUAAAUGAUAGAGUGAUUUAAAAAUGGUUGAGUGCAUGAAAGAAUGACUUCCUUAUCUCACCAAAUAAUAAUAGACUUUGUGGCUGGUAUAUGAGAAAAUCUAGGCACAAUGAACCUCAUACAGUGUGUAUUCGCCUCACAUCCCUCACUCUCCAAAAUUCUUAUGUGCCUACCUUGCAGGCUACCAAGGACACAGUUAGCUUUCCUCAGAGAAGCACUUCUCCCACACUUUGAUAUUUAAACUAUCAACAAAUAGGCCACUUGCACUAAGAGGUCACAUGACCAAUGCUUCCUUUAAACAAUGAGUUGGAAUCUUGCUGAUGCCAAAAAUUGACAAAGUGCAUAAAAGUUAUCUUAUACCCGAAAUUUGAGAGGAAACGCAUUUAAGGGAGACAUAUUAUGGCACUUUGAUUUUUCAACAAAGUACAUGUAGUAUGAUUUGUAUUGGCUGCCAUGUUGGAGGGCAUACUCUUACCCUCCAACAUGGUGGCCAAAACUACUUUUUGCUUGUAUCUUGUUGAACGUUUGCUAGUUACGCUCAGAUGUGCUGUAAACGUUACCAUAUCAUCUUUUCAACAUUUUCCUUGAAGUUUAAGUGCAUCACAUUUUGGUCACGUGACCAGCUAGGAACUUACUCAUUUUAAGAAAAUGGUGCAGGUUUGAAAAACUUAAUCACUAUUAUUUUGUUUAAUUAUGAGCCACUAAUGGUUUUUUUGAAGGCAAAAUCAGAUAACUUUCAUUUUCAUGAAAAUGAUGUUACAUGACCUCUUAAUGUGAAUGGCCAAUAUUAUAGUCCAGCUGACUAAUUGUACAUUAUUAAAAUGUUCUAUCAGGUUUUAAAAGAAACCUGUUUUCUGUAUGUAGGCUGUGAGCAAUUCCUCAUCAGUCAAGUCCAGGCUUGGCAAGACUGAAAAGAACUAAUGUUCCUGGAGGCAGAGUGCAAAGAAAGUGGUUUCCGAUAGCCUGGGGCUAGUGGAUUUUGCUGUCGGGCUAGUGAAUUCUGUCAUUAACUUGCCCAAUCGCUAAGUGAUUUUUUGGGGGGAAUUCAAAUUACAGAAGAACUGUGAUCAAUCCUGCUCAUCAAUUUUUUUUUUCAGGCUAGCUGAAAUGACUUUUGGGCUAGUACAUACUAGGUACAGCUUGCCCGAUCGGCAAGCUGUAAAACUAACUUUCUUUGCACCCUGCAAGAGGGGAGUGGCCCCUUCUCUCUCUGUUACACAACACCACAGCAGAGAGAAAGCCAGAAUUAAAAUUGGACUAUGAGUAGAACUUAGGGGAGGGAUAUUUGUGACAUGCUUGCCCACACAUCAAGGGACUCACUGCUACCAGUCUAUUCAUUGCAUAAGUCUUGUGAAUUGUUGCUUUUUAUAAAGUACAGUCAUGAGAGAACCCAAAGAACCCAUAUGUAGAUGUAUCUAGCACUGCCAUGCAUAAGGCACUAAAAUUCCUCUUAGUAGACAUGAAUACAGCAGCCUUGACCAUGACUUCCUACAGUUUUCAAGUUUCCAUUCCAUUUAUAUUUUUUUGUAAAUUAUUUGGAGCAAUACCCUACCUCUUUUUUAUUUAAACAUAUUUUAUUGACGAAGUUUGCCCUAAGAGUAAAAAAACACAUCAAGAAAGCUCACAGGAACUUUUGUAAUCCAAUGAGGUAGAUGCACAGAAAUGACUGGGUAUUCUGAAAUUGAAUCUAAUUUGACUUGUAAAGGUUAGUUUACAGGCUACUAUCUUUUCAUCCUUAUCUGCAUCGGGUUUGCGAGAAAAACAUCAUUGCAAAUACAAAAUUGGCCCAUCUCAAAGAAUCUCUUUUACUGAAAGAGAAUUAAAAUACCAGUGCUGUCCUUUUAAAGAACAUUUUUUCUCUUGGUACCGGAAUUUCCUUUAGUUAAAAGGGUGAGCCAGUGAAACUGCUGCAUGUAAAGAUCUUGACAGAUUGACCUUUAUCUUGUUUGUAACAAACUCUUUGAUUUCAGCUGAGAUACCAGUCAGUGGAUCAUCAAAUGUUCCUCCUCUGUCUCUCCUUAAAGUUGUGGCCUCUUGGAUCAGUGACAACCCAGAUCUGUGUUUAACAACUUGUCCUGCUGCUCUACUCACUGCAGGACGUCUGCGGGGAUCACUGGCACCACCCGAAUCAACCCCACUCCCCUCAGGUCCAAUAUUGGGCCUGCUACGCUGGGUUGUGCUAAUGCCACUUGCUGGGAAUUAUUCAUCAAUCGAUCGACAUACCCAGCUUGAGUUAAGAUUGUUAUACUCCCAACUUCACUUGGCCAUAAUUCAAGCAUUCUUAUCGGCUGGAAAAAACGAAGAAAAUCCGCAAGACGAAAUGGAAUUGGAGCCAGGAGAAGUUAUGGACGAGUCUGAUUCGAGUCACCUCAUUAAAGGAGCUGAUUUGAGGGAAUUAACGCAGGAUAUGAUAAAUUUGAUCGAAAAGAUUAAAACUGCUGAGUUCAAACACAGCUUCGUCGAUCAACAAGUUCAGCUGUCGUUGGAUAGAUAUGCGCAAACUUUGCAAGUUGCCAUAGCAACAGGAUGUGUUUCAGCCAGCAAAGGUGAGUUAAACUGACAAACAAAAGGACAGAGAAAGUUUUCAUUAUUUAUUUUAAAUGCUUUAUAGGGGCGUUCAAGCAACUCGCUCGCUUAGCUUAGUGUACCAGGAAUCUGAUUUACAUCUUGGUAUCCUUUUUUCUUCACAGCAGCUCAUGUGUUUUCUUCUACAACAUCGCUUAGCGACUUCUGCUGAACAUAACUAGAGAGCUUAAGCGACGACGACGGCGAAGGCAACGAGAACGGCAAAAAAGCAAUAGGUUUAGAUUGGCAAAACAACAACUUUGCACGUGCAUCACGCUUUUUGGUACAUUUCUCUGCCGUCACUGCACGACUACGACGUGAAACUUCCUGAUUUCACGUUUUGAGGUGAUGUUACACGAGACGAUUCGCAACGACGAUUUUUUGCGCAACACAGUGUUGCAACAUUGUCGCGACAUUGUUUCGAGUGGUUACAACAUUGUUCCAGCAUUGCAACGCUGUGCCGCGCUAAAAAUCGUCGUUGCGAAUCGUCGCGCGUAACAUCACCUUCAUGGAGGACGGGAACACAUGACAACGAUUUUCUUUUUGCGAACUUAGAUACAGUCCUUUAGAAUUCAACUCCUGAAAAAAUCGCCAACAUGACGUUUGAAGCAGCGCAAAUUCACUUUUUGAGUGACGUUUUCGCUGCCGUUACCGUCGUCGUUGCCUAAGCUCCCUAAAGGUGUGAAAACCCAAAAUGUAGUUAUUGUUUUAUUAUAGUGUUAAUGAUAUAUGAAAUAAAUCACUCAUUUCUUUCCCGGGAACAUAUGAACGCACAAUUGACCUGCUCCCAACGUCAGUGGCUUCAUAGCUCAGUUGGUAGAGCAUCGCACCGGUAUCGCGAGGUCACGGGUUCAAACCCCGUUGAAGUCCUGAAUUUUUUUCAGGCUUCUUUACGCAAUUGCAUAAAUUGAGUUCACUGUGGCGAUCAUUUCUUCAUUUUCAUGUUUUAUUAUACUUUAAUAGUUUUGAAGAAAAUAACGACAAAUAGACCGUCGUAAGGAACACGGUUUGAGAUCGCUCUUUGGGUAUCAUGUAUUGCUCGCGUAGCCUACAGCAAAGUCAGUUAUAUGCUAGCAGGUAACUAACUAAUCUCUAGGUUGCGCUUAUUUCCAAAAUUAACUGUAGGCUUUUAGCCAAUUAGAAGACGGAUAGUAAGCAAAAUGUAUAUUAGUAAAAUCCAACUAGUGGUCUAUUAUCAAUGUUGCGUUCUGAUUGGUUGAGCUUCUAAUAGGCACUAGAAGCGAAAAGCACCGGCUUUAAAAACCAAAACAGUGGCGGCUUAAUCGCGUUUUGCUGGCUAAAGUUGUUUUGUCUUGAUAUUUUUGACCGACUAGUUGGAUUUUACUAAAACAAUUAUUCCUCUCGCCCUCAUGGCCUCUGAGUCAAUAGCCCAUUCGGUCUUCUGCCUCAUGGGCUAUUGACUCAGAGCCCAUUUGGGCUCGAGGAAUAAUCGUUAAAUAAAUAGAGGAUAUUACACGGUGGCGCGAAGAUAUCAAUUUUAUUUUCGAGUGGCAAAACAAUAUUGUUUUUGCCACGAGAAAAUAAAAUUCGUAUCUUCAAGCCGCCGUGUAAUGUUCUUUUUAUUAUAUAGACAAAAAGACAUCGAUAAAGUAAUAGAGGGAAAUGACUAAAAUUACGUCAUCGAUAAACUCACGUGUGAGAUUAUGGAAAAUAAACCACUCGGGUCCCGGAUGUAGUUUUUAUGAAUUUUACGAGUGGUAUGUUUUCCUGUAAAACACUCUUGUCUAUAUAAUAAUGAAGGUUAACCGUCACCAUUCCUGAUUCUGAGCUUCUUUUCUUGCAGAUGAAUUGGUCGCGAUGACCAAACUCCUGCCAGCUAACCGGUUGGUGUUAUAUUACUGUUAUUUUCUAGUAUAAUAUAGAGGAUCUGUCAUGAUUUUUGGUAUUGCUGAAAACUCAAUUUCCUAUAGAAAAUAGACCUUUUUACUGAUACAGCGGCCAUAUUGAAUUUAUUAGAUUUAAGGAGUAUUAUGGACUACCCAGGGGGCACUCGCUCAGUAUUUACGGGCGCUUUUUGGGCAAAAAAGAGAACUUCACCAUAUAUUUCUCGGGAAAAAGGCGAGCAUGAUUACAUCCAAACACGGCACAACGAUCUCUUUUCCCAUUACAAUCUUUUUCUAGGAAAACUUGAAGAAAAAUUGGCCCGAAAAGCGCGCGUAAAUACUGAGCGAGUAUGUCGGAUCGUGCUCAUGCCCUCUGGGCAUACUGUAAUACUCCUUAAAUCUAAUUAAUUCAAUAUGGCCACCGUAUCAGUAAAAAGGUCUAUUACUACUACUCUACCUAAACUGCAAGUACAAGUCUUUGUUUUUUGUUAACUGGGAUGGAAUUGAAUUACAACUUGAUAAAACAGACCCAACUUUUUCAACUUCAACUUUUCAAGUUAUAGUUAACUUUCAGGGUUCUAUCUAGGGUAUUUGAGGGGUAGAAGCUUCCCCCCCCCAAAAUGCCCAGCUUCCCCCUCAAAAAUAUCGGACCUAAGUGUAACAUUGUCAGAACGUGAUCACGACUAAAAAAUAAAAUAAAAUACCACUGUAACAUUUCUCAAAAUUGGGUCUCAAAAUGCACCAGAUUGCAUCUCAGCGCAUAUUCAUUUCAAAAAAUUUCCGGGGGAGCAUGUCCCCGGACUCCCCCAGGAAGCUCGUGGCCUUCGGGCAUUCGGCACCUCUCCCCCAAACGAUAAAUCCUAGAUAGAACCCUGACUUUAUGUCGUUUUUGUUUCCUAGUGUGUUAUUUUACAGCUCUUUUGUUUAUUCAUUUAACUGUUAAGGCUGCAGUGUGUAACUCGGAUUUAUCAACAUUUUUUUUCUGCUCCAUUUAGUCUUUGAAAUGUUCUGUUUUUAGAGUCUAAUAUUUUCUUUUUCCCUUUUCUCCUUUUCAAUAGGUUGCUAAGGACAGUUUCAGAAAACCUGGGCAGCAGUUAGUUCAGAUAAACUACUCCUUAUACCUGGAAAUAUGACGUUCGUUUUACCAGUAUCCAAAGAUCAGAGUCUUGGCCACGAAAAAAACUCCGGCAAAGCUGGUUUCAAAAUAUUCCAUGUUCAUAAACAGCAUGCAUUACUUUGUGGAUUCAAAUGAAAAAGUGUUUCAGCCCGCUCUCCUGGGGAGUCAUUAAAGCCGGACCUUAAAAUGAUCUGACUGACUGAAACGUCAGUAAAUUGUCACUGAAAAACUAACUUUGCGUUCUUUUCAACUUUUUCUUAAUUAUUCCAACUCGUUCAGACUUUUAAAAUUUGGGAAAUUCAGCUGGAGCUGAACGGGCAGGACCGCGUCCGAGCUCAGAAAGAUACAUUAAAAAUUACCACCUUGCCAUUGGCCGAAGUCAUAUUAGAAGACAGGAAACUCGUCACAGUCGGGAAUCCGUCGAACGGAAUACCGUCUCAUGAGUUUAGGGACGCAAUGUCGCGACCAAUGUAAAUUGUUAUGUAAUAAGAUGGCAAAAUAAUACAUUGAAAGGAGCUUUAUGUGCUAUAGAACAUCUCAUCACCAAAAAAGGCACUAAG